AUUGCGUUGCCGUAAAGCGACGGGCAGCGUGCGUACACGGUUUAGAAAAUAUUGCAAAAAUGGAUAUCCGGCCGAAUCAUACAGUUUAUAUUAACAACUUAAAUGACAAAAUUAAGAAGGAAGAAAUAAAGAGAUCUCUGUAUGCGCUCUUCUCCCAGUUUGGUCACGUGAUGGACAUUGUGGCCUUAAAGACAAUGAAGAUGAGGGGACAAGCCUUUGUAAUAUUUAAGGAACUUAGCUCAGCUACCACUGCUCUGAGACAACUACAAGGAUUUCCAUUUUAUGAGAAGCCAAUGCGAAUUCAAUAUGCAAAAUCUGACUCUGAUUUAGUAUCCAAGAUGCGUGGAACAUUUGCAGAUAAAGAGAAAAAGAAAGAAAAGAAAAAGAACAAAGCUCAAGAGCAGGCGGCAAAUGCAGCAAACAAAAAACCUGCACAGGUUCCAGGACAGGAAUCGGACACUGCACCACCAGGAGCAGCACAGAACCCGCAGGUGCCUGACAACCCACCAAAUUACAUCCUGUUCUUGAAUAAUUUGCCUGAAGAAACCAAUGAGAUGAUGUUGUCGAUGUUGUUUAACCAAUUUCCUGGCUUCAAAGAGGUACGCCUGGUUCCUGGAAGACACGAUAUUGCCUUUGUAGAGUUUGAGAACGAAAACCAGGCAGGGUCUGCACGGGAUGCACUUCAAGGUUUUAAGAUUACGCCAUCUCAUGCUAUGAAGAUAACAUAUGCUAAAAAGUGAAACCAGUUGCCUUUUUUGGACUUAUUUCAUGACUUUUAUUUCCUCUGGUCUUCAAGAAUUCAUAUUUCCUGUUCAGAUGCUGAAUUUAUAGUUAUUGGUUUGUCAGAUUCUCAUAUUUUGUACAAAUAAAUGUUUUUGUGGUUUUU